AUGAAGGAAGAACAAGCUUGUGAAGACUAUUUCAAGGAAAAUACAUGUCGAAUUUCUAAUGGGCAAUAUCAAGUCAAGUAUGCCUUUAACGAAAACAAUCAAAAAUUGGGAGAAUCGCGUUCCAUCUCCCUCCGUCGAUUUCAUUUUGCAGAAAAACAAUUUAUAAAAAAUUCCGAAUUGAAAAGUGAAUACUGUGAAUUUAUCGAUAAAUACAAGGAUCUUAAUCACAUGUCCUUAACAAAAGGUGAUAAGUUAGGUUCAGGACAGUUUCUUCCUCAUCAUGCGGUGAUAAAGGAAGAUUGUAUGACUACUAAAAAUCGAGUGGUAUUUGAUGGAUCAGCCAAAACUUCAACAGAUGAUUGUCUGACAGGUGCAAAUUCGCGUAAGAAGGAUUUGUUCCUUCGUGAUGAUUUAUCAUCUCUCUUAAAAAAGGGUGGUUCCCAUUUGAGGAAAUGGGCCUCAAAUGAUACUACAUUAAUACCAGAGAGUUCUCAAUCUAAUUCAGAUCACAUGUCGCUCGACCCGAACAGCACUAUAAAAACAUUAGAAAUUCAUUGGGAUUCCCGUAAAGAUGUAAUUUUCAAUAAAAUUGAUACCUCAAGGUUUUUGAAAACAAUCACGAAAAGGACCAUUCUAUCAUUGAUUGCUAAAUUAUUUGACCCUUUAGGAUUAUUAGCCCCAGUCAUUGUUAUGGGCAAGAUAAUAAUUCAACUUUUAUGGAAGGCAGGAAUUUUGUGGGAUAGCUCGGUCUCAGCAAGUAUCCAUACAAUGUGGCUCUCAUUUAGAAAUCAAUUGCAUCUGAUAGAGAAAAUUACCUUCGAUCGUUUUAUUUUAAACUCAAAUUCUGUUGAAAUUCAAUUGCAUGGUUUCUGCGACGCAAGUGAGAGUGCUUUCGGAGCAUGUAUCUAUUUGCGUUCAACAGAUGCAUCAAGGAAAAUUGACAUCUCUUUAGUUUGUGCAAAAUCGAGAGUAGCUCCUGUGAAACCUGUAACUUUGCCUCGAUUAGAAUUGUGUGGUGCUUUUCUUCUAUCGGGCCUAUAUAAUAUAACUCUGCUAUCGUUGAAAUUAAAAAUUGAUAAAGUUUACUUGUGGUCAGAUUCUAUUAUCACUUUGCAUUGGAUUCAUUCAGAGCCCCAUUUAUUAAAAACUUUCGUAUCUAAUCGAAUUGCUGCCAUUCAGAAUUUAUCAACAAACUGUCAAUGGAGGCACGUACCAACUAAGGACAACCCUGCUGAUUUAGUGUCAUGA